AUGGGCAAUGUAAUAACUUUAUGCAAGCAAUAUCAAUGUUUUAACCGUUACCUGUUACCUAUUCUUAUAAUUCUUGCUUAUUUGCAUAAUUCUGAACUUUACAUUCUACCGACCAAGAUUGAUAUUGAUUAUCCUUUUAAGCUUCCAUGCAGUUAUCAAUUGGAAUUUGGUUCUGUUUUUUCAAAUUUCCUAAGAGCAAUACCAACGCAAUUAGGCGGUAAGAGUUUGACGAUUACAGCAGGCCAAUAUCCUAUAAAUAUAGCCUAUAAUUUCAUUGAUUUUGUAAAUAUUCAGCGCUGGAUAGACAAAAUCGCACAAAUUUUGGACUCUUGGAAAGUUUUUGUAAAUAAUUCAAAACUCGUUUUAGGCGUUGAACUUGGUGACAUUUUCGAAUAUGUUUCUUCGAAUAGUAUUAAAUCAGACAUUGAGAAUCAACACCUUCAAAUAGUAAAUGACACAAAUCCUAAGUUUCCUUUAACCAACAAUGAACUGAUCUCAGAUCAAUGUAAUCGUUCAUCAUAUGCAUAUUUGUCAUGGGAAA